GACUCGUUGUGUCGCGUCUUUUGGUUUCAGAAGGACAGAUAUAUUACAGAUAUAAGAUUGGUAAAUAUUUGAUUUUGUUACUGAAAAUGGACACGAAGAUCAUCUUUCUUCUCUGUAUGUUUGGGGUAGCAUCUUCUACCCUCCCUCAUAUCCGGGAGUGUGACCCGGAGGAAAAAAGGCAGACACCAACUCUUUGCUCAAAUUACAAAAACAUUCUACACAUUUAUAAAUUUAAGGAAGACCUCGAGGCCAGCCAAGAGAAACUACAGAAAAGGAUCAAUGCCGUUGAAACGUCCAGAGGAAACAGUACUGCUGCCAUUGAAAGAUUAAUGACAAACCUGACAGAGGCACUGAAUGAACUUAAGGAGGUGAAGGCACAACAGAAGAAUGACAAUGCAGGAAUAGCUAAAACACUGCAGAAACUGGCUGGUGAAAAUAGCAAACUCAAAGAAGAGCUGGAAAGCCUUAAAUCACAAGCCAGUGCCAAGGUGGCAUUUUCCGCAUCUGUAAUUGAAUCUCCCAACGUGUUCACUGGACCUGCGACCGACAUCAGCGGCAAUAUUCUGGUCUUCAACAAAGUCUUCACAAACAUUGGCAAUGCGUACAACAGUAAAACAGGCAUCUUCACUGCUCCAGUGAAAGGAACUUACCACUUUACCUUCAUGACUUUUGGCUACUGCACCCACACUUCAGGGGCCAUUUUAGUGAAGAAUGGGCAUUACCAAGUGAGCACCUGGGAAUUCAAAGGGCUGGAUUCCAGCGACACAACGAGCAACACGGCAAUUCUUAAUCUGAAUGCUGGAGAAACGGUGAACAUCAUCUUGUGGAAGGGUGGAAAAGUACACACUAGCGUCUUUAGUGGGUUCCUCAUCUUCCCAGUGAUGUAGUUUUCGGGUUAAGCAUACAGGCAACAUGACCUAUUUCUUGAGGGACUUUUCAUAAUUUUCCUCCUCUUUUGUAAUUGUUUCCCAUAUUGCGUGAUUAUUCACUAAAUGAGGUUGUUAUUGAAAUCAAGAUAAAAUGAAAAAAUGAUGAUGAUUGAGUUAUAUUAAAUGGGUGACAGUGAAAUCUAAAGGAGUGUGAUUCUAACAGUUUCAAACAUUGAUUCAAUACCUAUGAUUCUUACCUACCUUGACUGUACCGUAGCCGAUGAGAAUAGAGAGAUAACUUUAUGUUUGCUAUCCGCACCAAAAUGAUGAGGCGUACAGGUCGGUUUUGUUUUAAACAUUGUUUAAUCGUUUAAAAUGUGUUUGCAGAUUGCAAAUAAACACAAAUAAAACACAUGAUUAAUGUAUGAUCCCAUACUUUCAAACUUAAUAAAAUCACUGAAAUAGCAAA